AUGAUAAAUUUCUUUCUUUAUUUAUCCUUUGCAGGUCUUGAUAGCUUUUACGUCACCAACGACAACUUCUUUCAUUUUGAAAGCACCGUAAUGAGAAACCUGUGGGCAUUUUUACUCAAUUACUGGCUGCCUUGUAACAUCGUGUUUUUUGAUGGAUUUAAGGCCAUUAAAGCUAUUGUAGGAGUUCAUCCUAAUGGUAUUGUUAUGGAUAAAGACGAAAGGUUAGUUCGAGUGUCCAUAAAGUGUCAUGCCAAGCGACCUACGGGGAAAAGAAAAGCUUAUUACGAUACCUGCCAUCUUUGCACACUUUUUAGGAUUGAUGGGAUAAAAGCAAUUUCAGGUGGAAAUUUUGGGGGGGAUACAAGUGAUAAGAGUCCCCAAUACGAGUAAUCGCGGUCGAGGUUGUUUAUUCUCUCAAAACGGUGGUGGACAAAACACCGACCCCCAGUGCAUGGACUACCCUCGGUUAAAAUGGACUACGUACGCCGCUGAAGUUUAGUGAUUAGGGGUAGGAAAUUGAGACAAUCAGGUUCCAUUUGGGGUCGUUAUAUUGGGAAAACUAACCUGAAACUUGAUUCCCUCAGUUUUCUAACCCCAAAUCACUUAAGUUCAGCGGCGUAGUCCAUUUUAGGGUAGUCCGUGGACUGGGGGUCAGGGUUUUUGUCCACCACCUCUCAAAACUUGGCAAUGAUUUCAGUCCCGCAAAAUGUACAGUUCGAGUUCCGACAACUUUACGUCAGUCAUUGCUUGCUGUUAGGACAUCUACGGUCACUACUCUUUCCAAAAAAAAUAAUAAAAAUUAAGUAGAAAUGAUCACCUCCACCAAUAACUUGCCUUUAUCGUUUUUAAGAUAAAAAGUUUUCUUUAUUUUCUGUUACCUAGAAUAAACAAACUCGACCGCUAUAUCUUGUAUCGGCAGAGUUAUCUCUUGUUUGCCCCCUGAGAACGUGACAUCUAUUUUAUCCUCUUGUAUAAUGAGCCUAAUGACCUAAACAACGAAUCCAAAACAUUGUUACUUUUUUGUAUUUCUUAAAAUUCUUUUAAAACCCCUACUUAUGUUAAAAUAAAUGCUUGUUUGGUUUACUCUCUCGUAGGCUUGUUUUUACACCCGACAACCUUUCUGGAAGUAUUGCAAUUUUCAGACGUCGUCAAGACAACACAUUAGAAAAAUGUCAGGUCAGUUCGGUCUUAGAUUGAGUGGAAUCCGGAUCCCGGAAAUAUAUGCCUGUUGAAUCCAGAAUAAGGGGAUUUGUGCUUGUGGAAUCUGGAAUCCUGGGCUUUGGAAUCUGGCAUACAGCUCAAGGAAUCCGGAAUCCCACUAACGAUUCUGGUUUCACAACCUCGUUCCCAGGGCUUUUCUCCUCAUGUAAAAAAAAUGGGCCCCUGGGAACGAGGUUACUGGUUCCGCGGACAAAGAAUCCGCAAUUUAGUACCUGGAAUCCGGACUCCACGGCGUGGAAUCCAGAAUCCAAGACUGUCUUGGAUUCCCUUAUAUGGGGCGAUUGAGUCCUUAAUAUCUCCAGCACUGAAGCAGAGAAAGGUUGGGAAUGGGGUUAUUUAGACUGCCUGCAGACCCCUGAAAAGGUCGUCGAUUUUUGUUUGAAUCCAUUUUUACCUUUUCCCAUGGUACCUUGCAGUAUUCUUAUACCUGAAUACUCUGUUUUUCUUCAACAGACAAUUCCAGUUGGAUCAUUUAUAGAUAACAUCAACCUUGACCCUGUGACUGGAAAUUUUUGGGUUGCGGGAAUGCCUCGCUUAAUUGACUUUAUUGAACACAACCAAAAGAACCUCAGUCUUCCCAGUCCGUCUCAAGUUUUCACUUUGCAUCCGGGAAAGCCAUCUUCAUCCGGGGAAGCUUUUCCUGAUUACGAGGUUCGCGAGGUGUACAUGAAUGAUGGCAAGGAAGUGACGGGCUCCUCGUCAGCAAUUUUUUACAAAGAUCGUUUGCUGAUUGGCUCUGUGUUUGGGAAUAUGGUGUAUUGUGAGGUGAAGUUUUAUUAA